CACUAGCAUUAAGCCCACGCUUCACUUAAUUAAAAAAUUAAGUGCCCAGGAAAGAAAAGCUCAGCCCAAUUAAAUCACAGAAAUGCAAGGUGAUGAAGCGAGACUCCUGCUAGGCUUCCCCCCUAAUUCUCGCCCUACUCCUUCUCAGAUUAAAGCAGCUUAUAGAAAGAAAGUAUGGGAAUCGCAUCCUGACUUGUUUCCCGUUCACGAAAAGCGUUCGGCGGAGUCUAAGUUUAAGUUGAUUGCUGAAGCUUAUACUUGUCUACAGUCUGGUUCAGGAAGAGAAGGUUCGUACUCAGCUACAUAUUCACGUGUCGUCAGAACGGGAGUACCAAAGGCUCAUGGGGGAAGAAGAAACCGUGGUUUGAUUCAGAUUCCUUUCCUUCUUAUAGUUCUGGGAACUGUUGGACUUGGGGGAUUAAAUGCAACCAGGGCUUAUAGAAAGCAAAAAGAGGCAUGCCCUUCUCACAAUCCAUUCCUCCCCUGACCAAGACAUUAUUCUGUUUUUUCAUUUGGUAUCGGUAUGGAAGAUUCAAUUUAUGUUAGCCUUAUGUAUCAGAUGUGUUAUAGCCGAUAAGUAUAAGCGCAAAUUUGGGUUAUAUAAUCUUCAAAAAGAAAAAAGAGGUUAUAUAGGAUUCCUUUUGUUUAAAUAGAGACGCGAAUAAGUAAUCACAGUGAGCGAAUUUCAUAAUGUAAAUUCUACAUUGUACGUUGUACUCAUGUAUUUGUACUUAUAUCUUCGGCAAUUAAGAUCAAUGUUGCUUAAA